AUGCUUCCACCAGUCGAUCCAGCUGUGCUGCAGCGCAAUCCGAAUUUCGAAAUCUUGUAUAAAGAUCUUUGCACUAGGAAGCUUAAUCACAAUGGCUCGACACGGGAGACGAAGAAGCAGCGCGUGCAUGAUGAGAUUCGCAGGGCCCUAUCCGCAGCCCGCACAUCCCUCCUCACAACCCAAAUCCUCAUCGACACCCUCUCGGACCUCCCCUUCAAAGCAGCCGACCUCCCGCCAGAACUGCACUCUCUAAUCGACAUCGCAACCGCCCAACUCCGCGGCCAAAUCCCCGCUGCAGACCGCGAAAUCCUCUCUGCAGACCUCGACGCCUUUUUAGCAAACAGCGACAUAAUUAGCGACGCGCUCUCCACCCAACUCAGCAAAACAACGACGCACCUCUGUAACAUCGCCGACCCGCUCCAACCCCCAGCCCCUGCAGACCUCAGCGCAAGAGCAAACGCGCUGCAAACCGAAGCUACGCUCACUCUGCCUGACGAACUCCAAUCCGCACACCUCCAUCUAACCCACAGCUUCACCGUGCUCCUAGCCACGCACUCCACCCUCCUCACCACCGCCAUCAAGAUCCUCGAGCAAACGCAACAAGGCGCCCUAGCCCGGCACACGCGCUCCUCGGCCGACCUGUUGCACGCACGCUCCGUACUGCUCGGGCUGCAGGCCAAAAUCCACACGUACAGCCAUGCCCCGCCUGCCGAGUUCGUCGAUGCCCUCCGCCAGUUCAAGAAGAGUCAGGGGUCCGGCGAGAAGGCGCUGAGGGAUCGCGAGGCGCUGGCCCAGAGGGAGCUCCAACUUUACGAGCGUGCGGGCGAGAAGGGGAUGAAGGAGUUGGCGAGGAGGAAGGAGUGGAUUUUGGCAGAGGUGCAGAGGGUUGAGGAUGAGGUGAGCAAGCUGGAACGAGGAGGGUGA